CAAAAAUUAUAAAACAGUUAUUUAUAUUGCAUCAAUUACCAAAUUUGCCAAGUGUUAUUUGUGCUGUUGGUGCCUAAAGAUGGCUAAAAUAAUAACUCUGGUCGCUCUUCUAUGUGUCACAGUAGCCACUCCAGCCAGACUUACAAAAGAUUUAAAUAUCCGACAAGAAAUUGAAAAUUCCAUAUUGAAAUCGCCAGGCAUUGUCAACAUUGUUGAACUUUUCAACACAAAAUCCAAUCCUGAAGUCCCUGAAGUCCUAGAAGCAUUCAAUCGAGGCAUUGGCUUCAACCUACUGACAGUUAAGAAUGGAUUUGUUCAAGCAAAUAUUGAUCAAAGUGAAGUUAGUUUAAUUAAAGUACCAGUUACACAAUUUGGUAAAAAUAUCGUACAAUCUAGAGCUUCAAUAUUUGGCAAUAUUUUUCAAACGGGUUGUAACACAGUGACAUCAUUACACAGUCAACUGAACAGCGCUUUAAGUACUGUUUUGAAUAAUCUUAAAUCAAUUGAUAUCGGUGCUGGUAAUAAUGCUAUUUCACAAGUUAUUGGAACCGUUUUAAAUGUGGUUUUAAAUGCAUUGCAAAAAGCUAUUGAACUGAUUAAUCAAUUGGUUGAAUCAGUUUUUGGUAGUAUUUGUACGUCUUCUUCAAGAAAACGACGUGAUGUUGAAGAAGCUGAUUCUGCUUUGGUUAAUUUCAGAGGAGAUAUUGGAACCAGAUCAAUUUUAACCGGAGCAAUUAAUGGGGUAGUGUCAAUAGUUGGUGGUGUAUUGAAAGUUUUAGUUAAAAUUUUAUUUAAUAAUGCAGGAUUCUUAAUUCCUAUUGUUUUGGUUAUUCUUGUUGGCACUUUGUUGUAGAUAAGUUUGGGAUGAUAUAGAUUAGUACAAAAUAAAAGACAUAUUUAAAUUUUUGUUGUUCUUUUAUUUUAAAAUUACUCAA